UGUUUGUGAUGAUGGUGUUUGUGAUGAUAGUGUUUGUGAUGAUGGUGUUUGUGAUGAUGGUGUUUGUGAUGAUGGUGUUCGUGAUGAUGGUGUUUGUGAUGAUGGUGGUGGUUGUAGUGGUAAUGAUGGUGAUUAUGAUGGUGAUGAUGAUGGUGUUUGUAGUGGUGAUGAUGGUGUUUGUAGUGGUGAUGAUGGUGGUGAUGAUGAUGUUGGUGAUGAUAAUGGUGAUAAUGAUGAUGGUGAUAAUAUACAUAUGAAACCAAUCCAUACUUGUUUCAUUGUGUGUUGGAUCACAGAAUGA